AUGGGCCUCCCCUCCGACCUCCAGCGCGAGAUCCUCCUCCGCCUCCCUGCCUCCUCCCUCCUCCGAUUUCGCGCCGUCUGCAAGUGUUGGUGCUACGAGAUCGACGAUCCAUCCUUCGUCAGGGCCCACAUGGUAAGCAACCACCGCACCUCCACCUCCAACUCCAACCUCCUCCUGACAUCAUCCAACUCCGACGCCAUCUACUCCCUUCCUGUCGAUUCCCUGAACUACGUCGAUGGUCAGCGGACCCUCAGUGCUACCCGGAUCCCGAGCGCCCUGAUCCCGCCGGGAUCGGAUCUCCUGCCGAUUGCGGACUCCUGCAAUGGCCUCGUCUUCAUCCGCCACUCUUUCCUCGUCCGCCACAAAGAGUGGGUGAUAUGGAACCCUCUCACCGGAGAUUAUCUCGAGCUGCUCCCGGCUUGUCUCGCAUUUUGUGGAUGCUGGAUAGGGUACGACCCGUCCUCAGACGACUACAAAGUGGUUUCUAUCGGUAAGGAAAAUGCUCACAUCUACAGCCUCAGAUAUAACUCUUGGAAGAGGAUAGAUGAGAAGUGCCCAUCCCGCGUGUUCAUGGAUGCGGUAAUUGCGCUGGAUCUGGCCACUGAGAAGUUCCGCAAGCUGUCCUUGCCAUGUAAUGGUAAGCCGUCGUAUAACUGGCAAUCCGGGGUUUUGGGAGGGUGCUUGGUCGUGUUUUUAAGUAAUGAUUGUUCUAGAGCUUGGGUUUUGAAGAAUUAUGAAGCGUUGAAGCCGGAAUGGGUGAGGCUGUUCACACCUGUGGGACUGAGCCUCAUCAAGGAGGAAACGCGCCUUGUGAUUUGUCGUGGCGGCGGCGUGAUAAAACUCUGGGAUGUCCAGAGUAAUUCGAAGAAGAUCAUAAUCAUUAAGCCUUUUCCGGUUUGGCUGCCGGAGGAACAGGAACCUGAAAAGAUUCAAGUCCUCUUUGGCUUGGACGGAGACGGGAUUGGAGAAGGAGAAGAGGAGCAAAAUCGAAAUGGGAAUUCAGAGAUGAUGGGGAAAUUGAUGAGUUUGGGUAAGAUGGGAUUAACGCUAUUGGGCCUAUGCUGGGCUUGGAUUAUGCGAAGGAAGGAAGAGUGA